CCCGCGAGUGGCGCGACCAACCAGAGCACCAGAGGGCCGGAGGACACCUGGAGCAAAGUUGGGCGUGACUGGCGCGACUCGGUCAACUCGGUCUCGGUUCCGGCGGCUCUCACUCGAUCAGUCUGCGGACCUGUGUACCGUGCAUCGCGACCGUUCAACCGCGAUUCGUUCGGCGGAUAACAGGAUGGCGGAACACCGCGCUACCAAAUCCGGACUAGCGGCUGAAGCUCACAGCAAGAUCCAGUCCAAGUAUGAUCCAGAACUGGCUGGCCAACUGCUUGCCUGGAUUAAGGAUGUCACUGGCCAGGACAUCAACACUUCCGGUAACAUGGACAACUUCUACGAAACCCUGAAGGAUGGCGUUCUGCUCUGCCACCUGGUAAACUCAAUCAAGGCAGGCAGCAUCCCGGAGAAGAAGAUCAACCAAAGCAAGAUGGCUUUCAAAUGCAUGGAGAACAUCAACCUGUUUCUGGAGCACGCACGUCAAAUGGGUGUUCCUGCCCAGGAGACCUUCCAGACUGUCGACCUGUGGGAGAGGCAGAACCUGCUCUCAGUGUCUAUCUGUCUCCAGUCUCUGGCCAGGAAGGCUCCCAAGUUUGGUGUCAAGGGCAUGGGACCUAAAGAGGCCGAAGCAAACGUUCGCAACUUCAGUGAGGAACAGCUCAAGGCUGGUCAGAAUGUUAUCAGUCUCCAGUAUGGAUCCAACAAGGGUGCAACACAAAGUGGCAUCAACUUUGGCAACACCCGCCACAUGUGAAGUUGUUGAGAGUUCACUCAAAAUGGCUGGCAUGCCAGAUAGGAACAAAGGCACAUCUCCAGUGCAUGUCACUUGAAAUGCUUUGCCUGUUAUGAAUGUCUUCUUGUUCAUUCCAGGAGUGACUAACAAGUUUGUCGGCACUCCAAGUCAAGUUGCAAACUUCCUCUGCUUACUUAUGGAAACCAGAUUCCUCUUGAGGCUGUGACUACUAGCUUGCAGUGUGAACUGACAAGUAGCACGCCAUGGUGUAAUUGUGCACAGAGUCUUUACAGUAGUGUUGCUGGCCAUCUUUAUUGUUAAGCCACUAUGUUCCCUGUGCCUCAAACCUGUUUGCCAAAGGCUAUCUACUAUGUGGAGGCCAAAUUUUGAUGUUUUAGAGUCAGAAAGAACAAUGCCUAUUGAAGAGCAACCUUUGUUACCUGUGGAAAAAAUGUUACCAUUUUAAACUGUUAUUUUUGUAUUGAAUAAAAUACUACAGUUUUAGAAA